GGGAAUCAGAACUCCCUUCUCGGAUCGUGGAGAUUGGACGGCGGCGGCGGUCUGAAGCUGAUUCCCGGAAAACUGCCGGCCGCUGAUAGUUCCAAACACUGCUUGCUCCACUCUGAAUCUACUGAAGAGGAACGGCCUUCGAAGGUUCCAAAAACUUUGCCGGCCGACGCAGAAGAAGAAGACCAAUUAGAAAGGAGCAGCAUUUUGGAGUCGAUGAGUCAAAACCCUCGGCUUCAACGUUAUCUGCUGGCUAUCGAGUACAUAGGAACUCGCUUCUCCGGUUCCCAGAAGCAGGCCAUUGGUAGAACUGUAGUUGGCGUACUUGAGGAAGCAUUUCACAAAUUCACUGGCCAACCAGUGGUAGUCUCCCUAUCCAGCCGCACGGAUGCAGGAGUACAUGCCUUGGCUAAUGUGUGCCAUGUUGAUGUGGAACGAAUUAGCAAAAGGAAACCCGGUGAAGUUUUGUCACCUCAUGAACCGGAAGUGGUUAGAAGAGCAGUGAACCAUUUCUUACAGCAGAGAGAAGGAGAUAUCAUGGUCACUGAUGUUCGACGUGUUCCGACAGAUUUUCAUGCAAGAUUUAAGGCACAAGAACGCACGUACUUCUACCGUUUGCUAUCUGGACCAGAUCUUUUGUCUUCCUUUGAGAAAGACCGCGCAUGGCAUAUACCUGAGCCGCUUAAUCUUCUUGCAAUGAAGGAAGCAUGCAAUGUUCUUGUUGGCCAUCAUGAUUUUAGCUCCUUUCGGGCGUCUAGUUGUCAGGCCAAAUCGCCAAUCAGAACCCUUGAUGAACUUAGUGUUACUGAAGUGGCUCCAACUCCCUACUUCCCUUCAAUCAUUGAAAGGGAACAUACCAAUGCACAUGUAGAGGAUGCUUUGAACAGUCAUAAGGUUGGGGUUCCUGUUUACGAAACUGGGUCGGGAUUUGGGAUUAGGAGGAGACAUCGUUGCUAUGUCAUAACAGCACGUGGUCGAGCUUUUCUUUAUCACCAGGUCAGACUUCUAGUUGGCGUUCUCAAAUGUGUGGGCACAGGAGAAAUUACAGUAUCCGAUGUGAGGAGGAUACUGGAGGCGAAAACUGUGACUGCUGCAAGCCCCAUGGCCCCUGCUUAUGGUCUCUACCUUGGACAAGUCAAGUACGAUCUGCCUCGUGACCAAUGAAGGUUCUUUCUCUUCAAGUUAGAGUUGACACUGCAUGAAUGUUGCCAUCCUCCAUUUGGGGUUACAACCCUUGGAAAAUGUAGCCUCAAAGGCUAGGAGGACUCUGCCAUUAAUGAGAACUGGCUUACCCUUUUAUAUGUGCCUUGGAGUCUUCUCUUAAGUUGUUUUAUGAGCUACCACAAUGCAAACCUUUUUCUUUGCUCACAAUGUAAACGUUGUUGAGUUCAUAGGGUUGGUUCCCUGUUAAUGGAUGCAUCAAGUAUUUUUGCUUAUGCCCAUGUUUAAUCUAAAGAAAAAGUUCUGUAGGAUA